UAAAUCUCUCUUUAAAUUCUCCGAACAAAUACACCAUAAGUGUGCGCCAUCAGAAUUGGGUUCUUAAGGUUUGUUUGUUUGUUUCCAAUUAUAAUUAAUUAACCCUUUCUUCGUUCUUCCUUUCUAUGGUUAAUUCCAUGAUUCAUAAUACCACCAACCCACAAAAGUCUCUAACUUCCUCCCCAGUUUUCUUACACUUUCUCACUUAUUUUUCAUUUUUAUAACCAAAUAAGUAUCUGGGUGUUUAUAUUUUUUUGUAUUGGCUCACACAUGUCGUCGUUUCAAGAGCACGGGUUCGAACCAGACGACGACGGUGGCACCUCCGAUCUCAGCACCAGCGCCGGCGAACCAACCACGGCGCCGACCCAACCCGUUUUGAAGGAAGAACCGAUUCAGUCCGACUCGGACUCACCGGAUCAGAAAUCCAACAACAACAACAACCCACAAGCUCAACCGAUUGGGAUGGUGCCACUGAUGCAGAUGCAGAUGCAGAUGCAGCUGCCAAUCCACAUGCCGAUGCCUGUCGCCACCACGGCACGGCGGUCGUCGACCAAGGACCGCCACACGAAGGUUGAGGGACGCGGUCGGAGGAUCCGAAUACCCGCGACGUGCGCGGCCCGGAUCUUUCAGCUGACCCGGGAGCUGGGCCACAAGUCCGACGGCGAGACUGUCCGGUGGCUCCUCCAACACGCCGAGCAAUCCAUAAUCGAAGCCACCGGCACGGGAACCGUCCCCGCCAUCGCCGUCUCCGUCGGUGGGACCCUCAAAAUACCCACCACUACUUCCACCAAGCAAGACGGCGGCGGCGAAGAAGGAGGAGGUGGUCUCACAAAGAGGAGGCGACGAUCUUCGAAAAGCGAGUUUUACGACGUCGCGGCCUCGAACGACGGCGUUUCCCAGGCGGCGGGGCUAGCUCCGAUGGGACCCACACCAGUGGCCGCCGCGGCGCCUCAGGGGCUGGUUCCCAUUUGGGCAGUGAGCAACGCCGGGAUGAUGAUACCCUCCAACGCCUUCUGGAUGAUUCCGCCGCCUUCCGCGGCGGCAACACCGGUGGCUCCUGCGGCGACGCCACAGUUAUGGACUAUAUCGCCGUCGGUGACUCCAGUUUUUAACAUGUCAGCUAGGCCUAUCUCGUCGUUCGUAUCGGCGGCGCAGCCUAACGCGUCGGAAGUUAGGGUGGUGCCACCGUCGACGGCGGUGCACGGGAGUGUGAUGACGUCGGAGACGGUGGAUACGGUGGAAGUAAAGGGGGCGACGAAGAAGUCGAGUAUGGCUCCGGCGAGCGUGAGCUCUAGGGGAAUCAAAGCUCAGAUGUUGAGGGGCUUUUCUUUGGAGAUUUAUGAUAAGAAGGAAUUGCAGUUUAUGGGUAGAGUUGGAAAUCAACAAAUACAGUUUGGUUCUUCAAAAUCAUGAAGAGAUUGCUCAAACUCUAUUCUUACAUGCAAAGCAGACCACAAACUUUCUGUCACUCUGUUUUUGAUAUUCUGUUUUUUGUUCGAAGAGUACUAGGAAUUUGCAAAUGUAACCUCAUGAUCUCAUGUAAUUGUAAAUAAACCUUUGUGCUUUAGAUUUUGUUUUUUUUUCAAAUGGAAGUUGAAACAAUGUUUCAACAUUAUGUAUGCUAAAAUUAUAAAAAAUAAAAUGGUAUUUAGACUUUUUAUUAGCA